AUGUCUCAGAGUCUCAAUUCGCAGAGUGAGAUUUCAUCAUCCAAUGAUGGUGUGAGAUGUGAUUGUAACAAGCCAGCGAAGGUUGUCCGAGCUUGGACCCGUGAGAAUCCAGGUCACAGAUUCUGGAGCUGCAGAGGGCGUCGUGUUGCGAACGGGUGGGAUUCCUGCAAUUUCUUUCGUUGGCCUGAUGUGGAGGCUCCUGAUAGAUGGCAGCAUCUUGCAUUGUUGGAAGCUAGAGACACAAUCCGAGAGCAAAAAGAAGAGAUUGCGAGUUUGAGGCAGAAGGUAACACUUUCAACUCAUGGCUGUGAUAACUCGGAAAUCUCUAGUAAAUUGAUGGAAAGAAUGAAGGAAAAGAAUGAAGAAUGUGAAGCUCUGAAUAGAGAGGUAUUGAUUAUAAAGGAGAGGUCUUUGGUGCUAAAGAAUGUUCUUGUGGCUUCAUCGAUUGAGUUUGCUGUGGUAAUUGGAGGUUUAAUGGUGAUUUCCAAGUAUUGA